CCUUAAUUACCAUGAACACAGACGAUGAACUGUUCUGUUGUGCUCUCUAGCUCGAGCUUGGAAGUGCUCAUCACUUCUGUUCACCUUUAGCACCUUCUUUCACUUCUAACGACAGGAGUAAGCGCUAGCAGCUGACGGUAGCGUGGCUCAGUCCCCUGGGCGAUCUCUUCUCCUCCUGUCCUCUCGUCCGUGAUCCUCUGCAGCUCGCGAUGGAGAGAGUUCAAAACAUCACCCGCUCGGCCAUACGCAGGGCGUCCGUCAUGGAGGUGAACCCGCAGACCAAACGCAACCUGCAGGAGCUCUUCAUCAACUUCUCGCUCAUCCUCAUCUGCCUGCUUCUCAUCUACAUCAUCGUCCUGCUGUUGUGAGGAUGGAGGACGACGCGUGGACAAAGGAACCCGAGAACAGGACUUUCCUCACUUCGUUGCUAGAUUUUAUCGCAUGGUGUGAUCAUAUUUAGAUGUUUGAAUGUUCUAGAUAUUGUUUUUUUAUUUCUUACCAUUUUCAUAUACACUACCACCACACCAGCCUACACAUGUAACUAAAUCAGAUAUGAUUAUAUUUCACACACAGUUUUCAUAUGAUGGUAUUUAACAUGAACGCUGUCUCAGAAACAGGAUGGCAAAUAAUAAGUAAAUAAAAUUAAAGGGGCAAUGUGUCAUUUUUAAAUGUAUACUUUUUCAGAUAUAUAUAUCGAAGAGUCCUGCAUUAUUUCUGUGCAAUAGAUCUCACUACUUUUUGUUUCUGGCUUCCGUAUACAUUUUUUUUUCUGGCCCGGAAAUGACCAUCAACAUCAUCGGAGAGCUGUUUAAAAGGAAACCGAUUGGAGAAGGCUGGCCAAUGUUUUAAUCACUUUUGCAAUGUCUUUUCAGCCAGCAGAGGGCGCUAACCUUAUAUUAGAAAUUUUUUUACACACACAAAUCAAAUAUUUAGCCCCCAACAAAAAGAAAAAAAAUUCUUUUGUUUCCUACUUUGUAAAUAAAGUAUGUAAAAAAAUCACAUUGAAAAACAUAAAGUUUGUGUAAUAAUUAACCCUUUCUGUAGUAACUGUAACUCUAAAAUAAUAAAA